CUUUCGUUUUGUCCAUUACUUAGAGCUGUUUUCUCAAACAGGAUACCAAAUCAGCUCCAGCUCCACCGGUGGAGCUGUUUGUGUAAAGUGAAGCCAUGCUACACGGGAGAGCUCUGUCUCCCCUCCCUCAUGGCCACGCCACUUUGAAAGCUCCUGCUCCUGCUCCUGGAAAGCAGCCUGCCUGCACCCGUGAACCGCCACCGCCGGAAUGAAGCCUCUACAGCGACCGAGCAUAUAUAAUAUACUCGUGUCGUGUAUCUUCAACUCCAGCUAGCGGCUAAGAAUAAACGGGGCUAAAUUAUAGGAACCUCGCUCCAUCAACAUCGCCUCGGCACCAAGCCAAUGGCUACUUAUAGCAUCUCCCCUUUCUCUCUCGUCCCCUCCUUGGUCCCUCGGCACGCGCCGGCCGCCUCCGCCCAUCGCCGUGCUGCCAUGCCAUCACUGCCGAGAAGACGAUCUUGCAAGGACGCCAUCGCAUAAAAGGAGAUCAGCAGGAGGUGGAGCCAACCGACGACGGAUCGGUCCCUGCGACGGAAUAGACCGAGACCUAGCAUUGGCCGCGCGCCGGAGUGGGCUGCACUGCAGUGCAGGUGGGUCUCGCAUCGCACGCGAGGAGGAUGUAGGCUGUCGACGCCCGGGAGAAAAGGUGAAGGUGGAGCGGGUGGGCAAUGAGCCGGCACCUGCACCGCUGCUUCGCGUCCACGGGGACCAUGUUCCUGUGGGCGCUCUUCCUGGUGGCCAUGACGGCCACGUACCUGAGCGUGCACUCCUUCGUCGACAGCACCUCCCCGCGCUACUUCGCGGCGUCCUGGGGCGGGCUGCACUGGGAGCGCCAGAUCCGGGCGUCGGCGUCGCCGCGGCGGCGGUCGGCGCCUGGGGCGCCCGCGGGGCUGUCCGUGCUCGUCACGGGCGCCGCGGGCUUCGUGGGCGCGCACUGCUCGCUGGCGCUCCGCAAGCGCGGCGACGGCGUCGUCGGCAUCGACAGCUUCAACUCCUACUACGACCCCUCGCUCAAGAAGGCGCGGCGCGCGCUGCUGGGCAGCCACGGCGUGUUCGUCGUGGAGGGCGACAUCAACGACGGCCGCCUCCUGGCCAAGCUCUUCGACGUCGUGCCCUUCACCCACGUGCUCCACCUCGCGGCGCAGGCCGGCGUGCGCUACGCCAUGGAGAACCCGGCGUCGUACGUCCACUCCAACGUCGCCGGCCUCGUCUCCCUCCUCGAGGCCUGCAAGGACGCCGACCCGCAGCCGGCCGUCGUCUGGGCCUCCUCCUCCUCCGUCUACGGCCUCAACGACCGCGUCCCCUUCUCGGAGGCGCACCGCACCGACCACCCGGCGUCGCUGUACGCCGCCACCAAGAAGGCCGGCGAGGAGAUCGCCCACACCUACAACCACAUCUACGGCCUCUCCGUCACCGGCCUCCGCUUCUUCACCGUGUACGGGCCGUGGGGCCGCCCCGACAUGGCCUACUUCUCCUUCACCCGCAACAUCCUCCAGGGGAAGCCCAUCACGGUGUACAGGGGCAGGGACCACGUCGACCUCGCCCGGGACUUCACCUACAUCGACGACAUCGUGCUCGGCUGCCUCGCGUCGCUGGACACGGCGGGCCGGAGCACCGGUACCGGCGGCAAGAAGCGCGGCCCGGCGCCCUACCGGAUCUUCAACCUGGGGAACACGUCGCCCGUCACGGUGCCCACCAUGGUGUCCAUCCUGGAGAGGUACCUGCGGGUGAAGGCCAAGAAGAGUGUGGUGGAGAUGCCCGGCAAUGGCGACGUGCCAUACACGCACGCCAACAUCAGCUUGGCCCGGGAGCAGCUCGGCUACAAGCCGACGACGAGCCUGGAGGUGGGGUUGAAGAAGUUCGUCAGGUGGUACCUCAACUACUACGGAUACAAGUAUACAACCGGCUGAGGAACUCGUGAUGAUCAGUAUAAAAUGGGCCCGAGACAUGAGACUGAGUUUCCAUGAUGAUCAGUAUGUGAUUAGUAUACCGCUCUGUCGUGCCUUCCACACACACUCUCUCAGAUAAAAAAAAAGUCGCAUUUUUUUAGUCCAGACAAGUUAGGGAAAUGCAAGAACAGAAUUCUGUUGUAGCUAGGUGGGAAGAUGAGAGGGGACGGAGACAGAGCCAUGAAAUGGAGGGGGUGAUCCCCUUCAUUCUGUAUUUUCUUCUGUAAAUUGUAUCAAUCAUUAUAGGGUUAUCCUUUCUUUCUCAAAGCUCACUCAUCAUCACAUAUAACAAUAGCAACUUUUGGGA